GCCAAAGACGCAAACGCGAACAAGGACCACCACUACAAGCAGCAGCCAACCACACACACACAAGCACUCACACACACACACAAGCACUCACACACACACACACACACACACACACACACACACACACACUCACACAACAUCACACACAUCACUGGGCAUCAUGAGCGACGGUGAUUUUCCACAACUGCUGCAGCAGUACUACGCGCGGCUGUUCCCGUACACAAAGUACUUUCGAUGGUUGUCGUACGGAAGCACAGACAAGGUGUUCCAAAACAGGGAGUUCUCCUUCACCCUCAAGGAUGACGUGUACGUGCGUUACCAAAGCUUCACAGACCUUGCAGAUCUCAAGCAAGCCAUCCAAGCCAAGUGCCCAUACAAGAUUGACAUUGGUGCCGUGUACACAACAAAGCCAAAGGACCACAAGAAGGUGAAGGCAAGCGAGUUCUACCCCGUGCAGAAGGAGCUGGUCUUCGAUAUUGAUAUGACCGAUUACGAUGAGAUCCGCACAUGCUGCAGCGGUGCCGCCAUCUGCCACAAGUGCUGGCCAUUUAUGACAGCCGCUCUCAAAGUCCUCGACAAAGCUCUCCGCGAGGACUUUGGGUUCCAGCACCUGCUGUGGGUGUACUCUGGUCGCCGCGGUAUCCAUUGUUGGGUGUGCGACGAACGUGCCCGCAUGCUCACACAGGAGGGGCGGGGUGCCGUUGCGGAAUACCUUCAGCUCGUAUCCGGAAGCGACCAGAUGGCAUGCAAGGUGCACGUGCCACCAUCGUACCCGGCCGCCACCCGCGCGUUUGAUAUCCUCAAGCCGUACUUCCACUCCACCGUCCUCAGCGCUGAUGGACAGGACCUGCUGAACCACGCCGAACAGCGGCGGGCACUGCUCGGCGUGUUUGAGGACAGCAGCAUGACCGAUGAUCUCGAAUCGAGAUGGACCGGUGACACGCGCUCCUCCGAGCACAAGUGGGCCGACGUCGAGAAGGCGGCAAAGGCAGCAAAGAAACGCUCCAAGCUCCAAGCCAUCACCCUGCAGCACACAUACCCACGCCUUGAUAUCCAUGUGUCCAAAGGGUUGAACCAUCUCCUCAAGUCCCCAUUCGUCGUCCACCCAAAGACGGGCCGCGUGUGUGUCCCCAUUGACCCCGAGACCGCGGACUCGUUUGAUCCCCUGGCCGUCCCCACCAUCCAGCAGCUCCUCACUGAGUUUGACGACCUUGCAGAGCAGGAGCAAGACAACAAGGAAGGCGCGGAGGUGGGGCUGUCAUCAUUAUGA